AUGAAAGAACAUGCAAAACAAUACAAAAAGCUGAAUUCUUAUCUUGUGUCUUCAGGAAAACUUGUGCUGGAGAAUGAAGAUCUUACAUUAUCUUCAGAAAAGAAAGUUGAAAAUGAAGCACAAUCAGAUAGUGCACUAGUAAUAAAGCAAUGGAUCAGUGAACUCAAUAUGAUAUGCAAUUUAACAAAAUCAGCAACAUCGAAUGCCAAAUGGGGUGCACCAUAUUAUAAUAAUUUGUAA